AUGCCUGAGAUGGAGUCUAUUGCGGCUGCGGACAUGGAAUGGCUCGUGGCACACUUCGGUCCCAACCUGGAGACACGGUACCUGCUCUACCGGCCGCAGAUGGUGCAAGCGCUGAGGCGGUGUGUGGACUUCGGGUUGGAGGUCCGUCCAGGCACUCCCCUCCACAUCCAGUGCAGGCGUCCUUCCACCGGCUCCUCGGAGAGGGCAGAGGUGGAGAGCAACGCAGGCGAGUCCCUGUGGCGCCUACCCACUGGUGAGCAGCCGAGGCCUAAGACAUCAUCGUGGCCACUGGAGCUCACAGCAGCCUUGAAGGAGCAGGAGCAGCAGGACGGCUACCGCGCCGCCUCCGCCUCGACCACGGCCUCAGAGGAGGGCGAGGCUCCCAGGUCGGAGUGGGGCUUCGCCCGGCUGCACGGCCCAGGGCCCAAGGGCAAGCAGCGGCCGGUGCCUGGCUGCUGGGGCUACGAGCGGUGGCACGGCCCCACCGGCCGCUUCGACAAGCCCGGGAACAUGAGCCCUGCCUUCUCCACGGGGGGAAACCCCACCUUCAACUCUAGCCGCUUGGCCUUGACGCUGGGCGCCGUCAACAGCAAUGAGCCGUACCAGGAUCCAGGCCUUUGCUGGGCAGAGAGUAGCUGCGGGCUCUUCACCAGCCUGUCGCCCAGGCCUGCGACCAAAGUCCCAGGCUGCAGGGCCUUCCUGGACACUCCGGAGGCCGACCACGCGGAGUAUUUGCAGAAUGUCAAGGACUUCAAGCACGCCCUGACGCUCCGCCGCGGAGCCCCGCUCUUGGAUGGGCCCGACGACCUCAGCACGGGCGACGGGUGGUCGCUGGCAUCCCAGGUUUGGAACGGGCCGAAGGCUGAGGCCGAUGCAUCCCAAGGUCCGCUGCGCAAGCAGCGGAGAGCGGACCGGCGCCAAAGGGACGCCGCUGCUGGGCUCCUCGAGGAGCUCCUCGAGGAGCGCAAGGCCCUCAGCGCAGCUUUGGGCUUGGCCACCUUCGCCGGGCUCGGCGGCCUCCUGUGGCGCUGGAGGACACAUCGUGCUCAAUCGCUGAGACGCCCGUUUGUCCUGAAGGACCUCACUGCUGGUGAGACCGUGGAGGACCCGCUCUCGGAGCUCACGAAGGUGGUGAGCUGGCUGCAGGACGAGAUCAUCCGACCCUUGGAUGCUCGUUUGCCAGGCAAACCCUUUGAGCACGACCUGCUGGCCUUCCCCUUCACGCCCAUGGUCUUGGUGGUUGGCAACCACUCGGCUGGAAAGUCCACCUUCAUCAAUCGGCUGCUCGGCAUUAGCGUGCAGGAGACCGGCGUUGCCCCCACCGACGACGGCUUCACAGUCUUGCAGCGGCAUCCGACGCAAAACGAGGUGGAGGAUGGGCCCACAUUGCUCAGCUGCCCCGAGAAUCGGCCCUUCAAGGAGCUGCAGCGGUUUGGGCAGCCUUUCUGGGGCCACUUCCGGCGGAAGAAGCUGCAGCUGCCAGAGGAUAGCAUGAUGCCCUACGGCCUUCAAAUUGUGGACACCCCCGGAAUGAUUGACAUGCCCGUGAAGUCCGAGUCCAUGGCUGGCGGACGAGGCUACAACUUCCUCGAGGUGGUCCGCUGGUUCGCCAAGCGUGCGGACCUGAUCCUUUUGCUCUUUGACCCCGACAGGCCGGGCACCACGGGGGAGUCCCUGGAUGUGCUGACUCGCUCCAUGGCAGGCUUGGACCACAAGUUCGUCAUCAUCCUCAACAAGGUGGACCAGCUGGACAGCAGCGUGGACUUCGCGCGCGCCUACGGCACCCUGGGCUGGGCCCUCUCCAAGGUCAUCCCGAGGAAGGAUAUCCCCCAGAUCUACACGAUGUACAAUGCUGGCGUGGAGCAUGCCGAGAACGGGGUGCGGCAACACAAGCUCCCGCUGGAGGCCUUCCGGCAGAAGCGGCAGGAGGUGGUGCAGGAGGUGCUGCGCGCGCGCACCCGGCACUGGGACAACGUGAUCACGGCAACGGAGGACACCAUGCGCCAGCUGGAGAUGGUGUGCACCGUCGCCAUGGCGGUGCGGAAGCGGGUCCGGAAGCAGCGCAACGACGUUAUGUCCUGGUCCCUUAGCUUACUAGGCAUCCCCGGCCUUGUGGCGGGCAAGAUCCUGCACGACAAGUGGCCAGGAAACCGCUCGCUUCAGGGAGGCUUUUGGUCGGCCUUUGCCUUGCUGGGCUUCGGCGUGACACGCUUCGUCUUCGAGUACAUGCGCCAGUACGAGAAGUUCCAGGUCUCCGAGCUGGACAGCUACUUCGAGGAGGCCUAUGCCUGGUACUUCAUCCACAUCGACGCGGAGGACUUCCGGAACCGCUGGGCCACGGUGCGGCCGCGGGUGGCAAACAUUUUGAAGGCAGCCUCCGCCGUUGCCUCCUUGCCCUUCAUCGGCGACUGGGAGAUUCGUAGGAUUGAGGAGUGCUUGGAGAAGGAUGUUUGGUAUCUUAGGCGUGGCCGCGUGCUCACAGAGCAGUUGCAUCUCCAGCUCGUCUGCUUUCAAAGAGUGGGCGUAGGCCAAAAGUACUUAGAGCUUGAGCCCAGAGGACGCGUCCAUGGCGCUGCCGUUAGCUUCGACUCGGCCUUGGCGAUUAGGCCGCCACCAGACGUUGACGCUGACCAGGUCAGCAAGGCGGUGCAGCGCCUGAAGCGGCGCCGGGAGAUGGAGCUGGGGCCCACGGAGGACCUCUCGGAGCAGGCGAAUUUGCUGCUUGGCAAUGGCGCGCGCAAGGUGCCUCGGUGUGGGGACUGCUCCCGGCCCCUGGAGCCGGAGGUAGCGGCCUGCGGCCGACAGCUCUGCGUGCGCUGCGCCGGGCCCGUGCGGGCGAAGGCCGCGCUGGCGGCGGCGCCGGAGGCGGAGGAAGUGAGCGGCUCGAGCUCCAGCGAGGUCUCGCCGGAGCCGGAGGCGAGCAGCGAGCCGCCGAGGAAGAAGGCGACCCUCGUCCCGCGGAAAGAGGAGCCGGAGCCGGGAAAGCCGAACAGAGGCCGCCCCACGCUGCAGAAGCGCAAGUCCUUCGAGGAGAAGGCCGAGGAGGCGGCUUCGCGGCUCCAGGCGAAGCUGGACAAGUUUAAGAAAGAGCAGGAGCAAAAGAUGAUUCAGGAGGAGGUGUCAAAGAUGAAGCGCUUAGUGAAGAAAGAGAAGAAGGAGAAGAAGAGCGAGAAGGAGCCCAAGCUAAAAGGGAAGAAGAAGAGCAAGAAGUGCUCGUCUGAGUGA